AUGCUUGCCAACUCCCUGCGACACGCCAGUAGACGGCCCCGGAAACUGACCGCCGCGACACCGACACCGAUCAUCAACAUUCCGUCGUCAUUGUCGAUCUGUAUCUCCCUUGGGAGCCGCGAGACGGUGCGGACAGCCAGCAAUUCAGCAUGGCGGCCAGUCAGCGUCCUAGACGAAUGGGUUGCCAAGGAGGCACGACCGAUCAGUCUGCGGCAGCUCAUGGUGUUUGGACGGUCCUUGACAGAAGAGAGGCUGAUAAGUUCUGCCAACUAUGUUCGAACGGAACUACCUACCAGGAUACGGGACAUCCAGCAUCUCCCGUACGUGGUGGUGACGAACCCUCACAUCAACGACGUGUACAACCUCUACUACAGCGCAUUCGACAAGUUCCGCAAGGUCAAGGAGGUCAAGACGCUCGACGACAACGACCGCAUGUGCGAGGUGAUAAGCGACAACCUGAAGAUGCACCUCACAGUCAUCCCCAAGCUGGCCAUGGGCAUCCACGAGUGUCAGGGGCUCAUAGAUGCCAAGGAGAUGGAUCGAUUCAUGAAUACCAUUCUGAAAUCACGCAUAUCCCGUCGCGUCAUUGCAGAGCAGCACCUAUCACUGACGGAGACGUACAACUCCCCUUCCUUCUCUCCCGGCGCCAAGCUCUCCGAGUCUGACUUCAUUGGCGAAGUCUUCAUAAAGUGCGUGGCAAAGGAUGUUAUAGAGAGCUGCGCAUCGGCCGUCAAGCACAUCGCCCGCUCGACCAACCCUCCUGACGUGCAGAUACCCGAGAUCCGCAUAGAGGGCCACCUGGAGGCCAGCUUCCCCUUCAUCCUCAGCCACUUGGAAUACAUAAUCGGGGAGCUCCUCCGCAACUCUGUCCAGGCCGUCAUCGACCGCCAUCACUCCCCCCCCUCCUCCUCCGACAACGACAACGACAGCUCGCCACCUCCACCCAUAGACGUCACCAUAGCCGAGGCACCUCAGCACAUCACUAUCCGUAUCUCCGACCGAGGCGGCGGUAUUCCCCGGCACGAGCUCCCCUACCUGUGGGCCUUUAGCAAAGGUCCACAGAGCCAGCAGCGCAUCGAGAACCUGGGACGGGUGCCCAAGAUGGCCGCCACCAUGCAGGAGCUCCAUGUGGAGGAGGAGCUGGGCCGCGCCGACCUCAAGACCCCCCCUUACCAGGAUUCCCUCGCCUCGCUCACCAGCCGCCCCCCCAAUCUCAGGUUGGGAAUGGGCCUGCCGCUCAGCCGCGUCUACGCCGAAUACUGGGCUGGUAAUCUCGAGCUGCACAGCCUCGAGGGUUACGGCGUCGAUGUCUUUCUACAAAUCUCGAGACUGGGCAAUAAGAAUGAGCAGGUCAUAACUAGGGCCAGCAUGGAUGCUGUUUAA